UGCAUAGCAAACGUGCUCGAUUCCUUCCGGUUCCAUAGCAACGGCGUACCAGAGAAAUUUACCGUUAUUUUUUUUUCAGCGUGAGAAAUACAAUGUGUGGCGGGAGUGCGUGACAAAAGACCGAAAAGCGUGACUGUCACACUCAAUGCGUGAGACUUGAGAGCCCUGUAACUACCUAGUACCAGGCAGCAGUCUAGACAAUAAAGACCCCCUCCACUGACUUUCACUUUGUUAACAUGUCUAUGUGUUGUAUUUCGUCUGUGUAUUUCCACUUUACAACUGCACUGUAUCAAUGCCAGUCUUAAAAACGCGGAUCCAGACAGCUUGAGUUUCGUUCCUUAAAUUUCUGGGGAACCAAGCCAACCCCUGAAACCUGAAACCUCAGCCGCUCACGCUCAGUCAGCCAGCUACAAGCUAACGAGCUAACAGGUAGCAUCAGAGCCGGAUGGACCAAUUCCAUUACUGCGCAAUGCGGGUGGGGACCCCCCAUCACCACCAACACACACACACACACACACACACACACACACACACACAAACACAAACACAAACAGAGAGUGAAAUGCGGUGAUAUCACUCAGGCUAACUGGUGUGUUGCAUGUCCGCUCCUCACCAAGUUUGGCGUCAGCAAAUAAACAGUAAACAGUUUUGUUGAAGUGGCAGCUCACAAUGCGGCUUCCUCUGUCUCUGUGUCUGUGUCUGUCUGACCAAACUGAAACUGAAAGACAACGUCCGUUUAAUGACGUUUCAUAACCGCUAAUGCGCAACGGUCUUUAAGAACCGCAGCUGGACUCACUGAGCACCGUAAACAUACAUCUGUGAUCAGAUGCAUAACUUCAUGAAUGAAGUUAGUCAGCAGAGCAGAUGCAGCAGGCAGCACUGGGGUGUCAGGUGUGAGUGUGUGGUCAAUGGCCAGCGGUUAAAUGGCUCAGGGGUCAGACAGUGUUCCCUUGAAUGGCCCUUCUUUGAAUGUUUUUGUAGAAGAGAGCUUCAUUCAGGAAUCCAUCGCCAUCAUUUUGGAAGACGCGGUGAAAAAGGCCAUUGAUGUCAGAGAAAAGGUUUGCGAGUGGCGUUCCCCUGAGGAGUUGAAGGAGUUGCUAGACCUGGAGCUGAGGGAUGCAGGGGAGUCGGAGUCUGAGAUCCUGCAGCGCUGCAGAGAUGCCAUCAGAUACAGCGUCAAGACCACCCAUCCUCGUUUCUUCAACCAGCUGUAUGCUGGGAUGGAGCCCUACUCCAUGGUGGCAAGCUUCAUUGUAGAGGCCCUCAAACCCAGUCUGUACACAUAUGAGGUGUCUCCAGUCUUUACCCUGAUGGAGGAGGCUGUGCUGAGGAAGAUGAUGGAGAUUAUUGGCUGGGAGGAAGGAGGAGAUGGAAUCUUCAACGCAGGUGGCUCAAUGUCCAACAUCUACGCUGUGAACUUAGCCAGGUACCAUCACUGUCCCGACAUUAAAGAGCUCGGCCUCUCUGCAGCUCCACGACUGGUCAUCUUCACAUCACAGGAGUGUCAUUACUCCAUUUCCAAAUCAGCAGCUUUACUGGGAAUCGGCACUAAGAAUGUUUACGUGGUUCCAUCUGAUGAGAGAGGGAAGAUGAUCCCCUCGGCUCUGGAGGAGCAAAUAAAGACGGCUGAAAGUGAGGGUGCAGUUCCCUUCAUGGUAAACGCCACAGCAGGGACCACAGUGCUUGGAGCUUUUGAUCCCAUUGAGGAAAUCGCAGACAUCUGUGAGAAGUACAACCUGUGGCUGCAUGUGGAUGCAUGCUGGGGAGGAGCGGCUCUGAUGUCUAAUAAACAUAAGCACUUGCUGAAGGGCAUCCACAGAGCCAACUCUGUGGCCUGGAACCCUCACAAGAUGCUGAUGGCGUGUCUGCAGUGCUCUGCUUUCCUGGUCAGAGACAAAACAAGUCUCCUCCAGCGCUGCCACUCUGCUCGGGCCUCCUACCUCUUCCAGCAGGACAAGUUCUAUGACGUCAGCUAUGAUACAGGAGACAAGUCCAUCCAGUGCAGCAGGAAACCCGACGCCUUCAAGUUCUGGCUCAUGUGGAAGGCUUUGGGAACCAGAGAGCUGGAACAGAGGGUGGACAGAGCCCUGGACAUGGCCAGGUAUCUGGCACAAGAGAUCAAGAAAAGAGAAGGUUUCCGUCUGUUGAUGGAGCCUGAAUAUUCAAAUGUGUGCUUCUGGUACAUUCCACCAAGUCUGAGGAACCUCUCAGAUGGACCUGAGCUCUGGGAAAAACUCCACACUGUAUGUCAUUCAUUUACUUUUACACAUAUUCGAACACGUUGACAUGAGCAAAUUCUACUCAUUGUCUUUGUUAGUGUGUUGUCAGUGCCCUCAGUCAUUGAGGGCAGCAUGAUGGUGGGCUACCAGCCGCAUGGAGAAAAGGCCAACUUUUUCAGGAUGAUCAUCAUCAGUCCUCAGGUCAGCAGGGAGGACAUGGACUUUGUUCUGGAUGAGAUCCACAAUCUGGGAAAGGACUUGUGAUGAAUCACCACCCCCCACCACCCCACCUUAUUCACCUGUCGUGGACAGAUUUACGGACAAGCAGGAUGUUAUUCUCACCAAUGAUGGGUUCAUGCAUUUUUCUUGUUAUGGUGCAGGAGCUCUGUAUGAUUUCACAGAGCACAAAGCUGAAUUACAGUUUAUCCUUAGGGUUUUCUCUCCUCUCGCUAUUCUCACUAUUCUCAUUAAAAAUACAGCUUACAGCAAAAUCUUCAUAUGUAUUUGUUGAAUAGAAGCUGAAUUGAAUAGAAGCUGUAAUAAAACUAAAUGGUCACAGUUUUGUUUACAACUGACAAAUAAUAGUAAUUUGAAGUUAUUUGCAAACUGUAUUUAUGGUGUGUUUAUUUCCAGAUGAUACAUAUCAAUCAUGGCUCAGGUACACAUGUCUAAAAACACUGUAUUUUUUUUUUGUUAGAUUUCCACCUGAUGAUUUUUAUAUUCUUUUUCUGUGAAGUGACUCCUGGGUUUUUUUUUUUUCUCUGUGGGUAGGUACACUCCCUCUGUAAACAACCUUUGAUACAAGUCUCUAAUAAAACCUACUGAUUGUU